CAGAGGGACCAGCGGAACUGCUUCUAGCAAAGUCGACCCUCUGGAAAUAUUGUGCCCGAUGGAACAUAUCGAAGUGCCUCGAGUAAAGUAAUCGCUACGUAGUGGAACUGUUCCGUUUUUUGCGAAAGGAGUGUCUUGCCUUCGCCAUGUCGGAGUAAGCGAUACGGUCGCCUCAGCGCCCUGUGGAAACAUAUAUAGGUUAACCACCGCUUGUCGCCACGUGUGUGUCGUCCUCCUCUCGAAAUGGCAGCCGACGUGUCCAGGAACGGGAAGAUCGGGAUGGGUGUCGUGAUCUUCCUCGUGUUGGCUGUGGUGGCCAUCCUAGCCGUAGGAUCUAGCUUAGGAUGGUAUGUCGACGAACCUCCAGCUGAAUUGCCUUCUGUCCCACCGUAUAAGGACAGGCUCAACGGUGGAUCACCCGAAACUUUCUACGACAACGGCAUCGAUUGGCGAACUUACGAAGACGAACGCACGGAGGAGAAACAGCAUAUUGACAGCGAGACCUCAGGAUUGUUCAUAAAUCAGGAGGAGUGGGCGGACGAAAUCGGAGGCACCGGUGGCCACUGUGGCUGCAACGUGACUGCGCUGGUGAAAGUCGUCAGGUCCCAUAUCCCUAGAGGACCACCUGGUACCACUGGGAGGGAUGGUGUCCCAGGUUCACCCGGGCUUUCAGGUACCCCAGGCCCCCAAGGCGAAAGAGGCGUCCCAGGUCGCAGAGGUGAAAAAGGUGACCGGGGGGAGUUAGGCGCCCCAGGACCCGAGGGACUCCAAGGGCCUAAAGGUGAACCAGGAGUGGACGGUAACCCAGGGCCACUGGGACCCGUAGGACCCCCAGGGCCACCAGGACCACCAGGAUGGACGUGGGGAAGAGAAGAAAGCAAGACGCCCGGGUGGAUGCACCUAUCUAGCUAUCAGGUGGACGGAGUCGUCGACCCAGAUGUGAUGCCAGUCAUGCCGAAUGGGGAGCCAGGACCCCCAGGAAGGCGUGGUCUCCCUGGCGAACCCGGACCAAGGGGCGUGAGAGGACACCCUGGGGACAAAGGCGACCGGGGCCUCCCUGGACCCAAGGGCAUGAAGGGUGAAGAGGGUAUUCAAGGCAGAAGUGGUCGCGUUGGCGACAAAGGAACUCGUGGUCCACCUGGAGUAGAUGGCUUGCCAGGCUCAGUGGGCCACAAAGGGCAGAAAGGAGACAAAGGAGAUAUCGGAGAAGGACGGCCCGGCCCUCGAGGACCACCUGGCCUAAAAGGAAGUCAGUUUUACAGCCCUGAGGAACUCCGAACGGAAAUUCUUUCCUCCCUCAAAUUCUUCGUCGAGAACAAUGCCGGACAAAUAACCAACCUACGCACGAUAGCUGAAAGGAUCGAGAUGGUGAUGCCCAAGGGGGAAGACGGUCUUCCAGGAGCCCCAGGUCGGUCAGGCGCUAAAGGAGAGGAGGGACGACAAGGCCCCCAGGGACCUCCAGGAUACCCAGGUGCCCCCGGACCAAUGGGUGAACCAGGUGAAGAGGGCCCCGAGGGAAGACCAGGAAAUCCGGGACCCAAAGGUGAAGCAGGUGAACCAGGUCCUAUCCAACUUGCUAAUGGAACAGUUCUCGAAAUUAAGGGCCAGAAAGGCGACGCAGGUCUCAAUGGCGCCCCUGGGAAGAAAGGACCAGCGGGUCCAGCUGGGCCCCCAGGUCCCCCCGGACCUCCAUCUCCCCCAGGUCCCUACGCGACAACCCUAGACACAACAUUCGCUGCUUACGACGGUUCUAGCAUCAAAGGUGAAAAGGGAGAGAGGGGGCCCCCUGGACCACCAGGUCCCCCUGGUCCCGCUACCAGUGCCAUGGGCCGCGGUGCCUCCUAUCUGGAAGGUGGUGUCUACGGACUUGUGGCUCGACCUCGACCACCCCCUGGCCUCAACGAGUUCGAUUCCGUCGGCAUGUCCGCUGCUGUUCCCGGAACUAGCCAAAUGGGUCCACCUGGACCAAAAGGACCUGCAGGCCCUCCUGGACCAGCUGGACCAGCUGGCCCACCCGGACCUCCAGGUCUUCCAGCCCCGUCUUCUGCCGAACCCGAAUAUAUUCCAGUUCCCGGUCCACCAGGUCCACCGGGACCCCCUGGCCCACCUGGAACCUCCGGCUCAUUCUCUUUCACUCCUCCUAGAUAUGGAUUCGGUGGUUCCUCACCAAUGAAUGGCGUUUACGAAGCUCCUCCCGCUGCAACCUCCAACCUAGGUCUAGGCUCAAGUGCUACACUCACCUUCACUUCUCGUCCAGCAAUGCUUCAGGCAUGGGCCCAGCAUGACCGAGGAACACUGGCCUACGUACUAGAUGAUGACUCACUGUUCCUGAGAGCAGCCAGAGGUUGGCGGGAAGUUACGCUGGGAGCGGUGUUGGCACCGCAGAUGUCGGCGGUACCCUUCCACCCACAUACCCCGGUGCCCCACACGUCCCGGCCGCCUCACGCGCCCCACAACCCCAACGUGGAGACGCUCACGGAGGAAUUAGCUACGGAUCUCAGCUCUAAGAGACCUUGGUGGGGCGAACCUAUGACUACUGAAGUAGAGGGGAACGAUUGGAAUACAAAAGAGCUACGUCUGGCAGCACUGAACGAGCCAUGGCCGGGCGAAAUCCGCGGGGUCUCCUCUGCCGACUAUGCUUGCUACAGGCAAGCGAGAAGCGCUGGUCUCAAGGGAACAUUUAGGGCCCUGCUCUCGAGUCCAAGGCACGAUGUGGCAGCAUUAGUCCGCUACGCUGAUAGAAACCAGCCUAUUGUCAACCUAAGGGGUGACCUCAUCCUAGGGUCAUGGAGAGAUGCCGUUUCGGGUACUGGAGGGCAGUUCCUCGAAGCGCCAAGGAUUCUUUCCUUCGACGGGCGCGAUGUUCUCCACGACAGCAAAUGGCCGGUGAAGCUCAUCUGGCAUGGGUCUAACAAAUAUGGCGAAACUGCUACCCACAUCAACUGCAACGACUGGUCGACCUCCUUCUCCAACGCCUUCGGCAUGGCUUCUGCCCUCAAGAACCUGCAACUGCUGGACCAGCAGAAGGUCGCCUGCGAUAACUACCUGAUCGUCUUGUGCAUUGAGACCAGCAGCGCCCUCCCGAAACGCAGGAGGAGGGACGCCGCUAAGGGCUCCGUUCAAGAUGGAGACGGAAGGCGGUUUCCCAAGAAGUCUAGUCAGCGAGACGACUUCGAUGUUCAGCGCCCUCAGCUACACAGACAUCCCAGUAAACUCGGCGCCCACCGUCAGGGCGUCCCAGAGGCGACAAGGGCACAUUCGCGAGCCAAAGCGGACACGAAGGCGCUAACGACCAAAUCAAAUUCGGUGCUACAUUUGAUAGACAACGGCGGUUUGUCCGGCGGCAAAGAGUGCGCCGGAGGGAAGAAGAAGCAGUGCGAAGCGGACGCCGAAGAGGAGGAGGUCCUGGACUUCUCACCCUACGCGAAACCCCCUCACCUCAUCCAAGACUUGUUUCUCAUCUGAAACGCCCCCUCCAGCCACCCCCCACCCCCCCAAAAAAAAAAUCCACCCGCCCAUCUUCAUUUCCUCUGAAACUCGGUAUUAAACCGAAACUUUUCCUGGAGGUACUUUUCAACUUUCCUUUCUAGAUCUCGAGCUGCUUCUGAUCUCAAGUCCUGUAAGUAAUUUAAGCGAUGUUUGGAAUAACACGGGUUUCCUGCUGAGUAAUGAGGUUACAUUCUUCUACUUAUAGAACGCCAAGGGAUUAUUUGUGAUGAUAAUGUCUUGUGACUGAAUUCCCUCUAACGCCUUUUUCAUCUCCGCUAUAAUACUUCGACGUUCGUCCCUUCCUUUUCGCUUCGGGGGAAAAUUUUUUCAGAGUAUUCUAACAAAUUCUACACGACGUUCUUCGACAGAGUCUGCAUUGUCUUGUAUAUAUAUUUCGGAACCUAAGGACCCCACAUGACCUUAGUAUUACUGCAUAGUCCAAUAAAUGAAUAUACUCCAACGCUCUCUCUCUAUCUAUAUAGUUGUUGCGGUAGCCAUAAUGGACGCACUUCACCCAAACUGUAUACCUUAUUCCUCUGUACAUAUAGACCAUAAUAGGAGCCAUUUGUAAAUGAACCCCUUAGCCUUUGUCUACAGUGACUGUACGCCAUCAGUAAGGGCUCUUGAAUUCGCGAGCGUGCAUCUGUAGGAUACAUGAAACAAAAAUAUAUACAUUUUGCUGUAUCUGCCGUAGUUCCCAUUUUAUAAGGAAUCCCCUCUAUAUACAUAUAGACAUAUAAACGCCUUUUCGUAACCGAGUCUUCCAGUUGAAUAAGCCUUUUUGUAUAUCGAACACACAUACAAACGAACAAGUCUUCCACUCAGAUCAUAUAUAGGUGUGUGUAUGUGUGAGAGACAUCCUCAUCAUUCAUCGCUACUCAUUUUUCCCGACAUCUUGCAUAAUUAUUACGAUGCUGAAUUGUCGUUUUCAAGUGACCAUAAUAUGUGUCACGUUCUUGGAGUGUAAUUAAGGGUGUUUUUUUAUGUAUUUUUUUUUCUUUUUUGUAAAUACGUAGGUUUUCAAAAAGUCGCAUUGCAUGGACGCAAGAAUACGCUCGCCAAAACAUAUGCAGCCAGCCUAAAUCCCCACUCUUUUGUCAUACUGUAAGCAAAUAUUGAAAUACACGUAUAUACCUCUAUUACCUUGAAAUCAAUAUCAGGCUUCCUUACAUAGGCCUAUGGCCGCUUGUUCAAGAAUUCCUUGCCAAUUGAAAACUUGCUCGAACUACUUAACAACUCUUCCUCGCUAUUUGCUAAUUGACACUCAUAUUUUCCCUUUCCCUACUUCCAUUUUCUUUCAUUCUUCCUCGGCAGGGGAAUAAACUCACCAUUUCUCCUCUUUGGUGGUAUUUCAUCAUAUGUAUAAAUAAAGAUGGAGUCUGUAUCCACGUGUAUUUUUUUCGUAUUGAAAAUAAACUGGCUUAAUGGAAUCAGAAUUCAUUGAAACUUUGGAAACUUCAUCACCUUUCAGAAACAAAUCGCUGUUCGUGAAAGAGAUAUAUGUUUAUUGCAGUGCUUUCCAACCGCCUUUAAUAAUAGUUAAUUGUACUGCUUUUGAAAGUCAAAAAUGAAAUAAGAUGAAGCUUCUUCUAUUUGGAGUUUCACAUGAAAUACAGGUUAAAUAUAUCUUCCCUUUUAUGUGAAAUGCAUCACCCUCUCUUUUAAGCAUAUCUUUCCUUCUCGUAAAAUACAAAUAACCCUCAUUUAUUUCGCCUUUCUCUUUCUCCCUAUUGAUCCGCACAUCUGCCAGUCUCUGCUCUAAUCCUCAUCGAAGUGUCUGAUACUCUCUCUAUCAAAACAGUUACUACAUUACUUUCUCCAUUUCAGAAGCUUUCGAAGCCUACAAACUUUUAUCCUCUCUGAUGCUUAUGUGAUCAAGGUGUGUACUUGAAUUGACAUGAACGGAGAAUCGCAUCAUCCAUAAUAGCUGCCAAGUCGUAUUUACCUCGAGUUCGUGUAUUCAUGUAUACGUUACAAAUAUAUAUAUAUAAAGGAAUUCUUCAUUGUAUUUACGCUCUGAUUGUGCCAUUAUGCUAUAAGUAUCUGAAAGGUACAGAUUAGGUAACGAAUCGGGAAACUGCUAGACUGGCAGGUCUGUAGAUGAACGUGUUUUAUGUAUCAAGUGAAUUACAUAAUUUUCUAUGAAAAACUGACACUGAUGUACUCUCCUUGGAGGCAAAUAAAGUGUUUGAUUCUG